GGAUGGAGUGAGCGCGCGCGUGUGCCCGUGAAGAGUCUCAGGAUCGCGCAUUUCUCGCAGCAUUUCGGUCUCGGCGCAGCAACUCGACAGACUGGCGCUCAUGGGCUGCCUGGGUCUUUGGGUUUUGUCCGUCCUGCUUGGAGCUUCUCUGUGGCUGGUGAAUGGAGCCGCUGCUGGAACUACAGCAAAAGAGCUUCAAGAAGGACUUCAGGACUCAAAACAUGGAGAACCUGAAAAUAAAGUCAAGCAAAAUGCGGGUGUGUGUCAGAGGUCAUCCUGCGGUCGGGGCCGGGAGUGUGUGGUGCGUGCAGCGACGGGCCGAGCGGAGUGUGUGUGUCAGGAGAGAUGCCACAGCACGUUUGUGCCGGUGUGUGGAUCCGACGGACGCUUCUACCAGAACCACUGCGAGCUGUACAGAUCCGCGUGUGUGCGGCGCAGGACAAUAUCAGCUCUGCACAGCAAGCACUGCUUCCUCAGAGGAGAUGCGUGCACCAUGGCAGAGUAUAAUAAGCUGAAGAGCAUCCUGAUGGACAUGCAGCCGCGGAGCUCCACCAAUGCAGAAAACAGCAUGGCUCAGAGGCGGACGCGGGUGCUCAACAUGUUCACGUAUUUCGACAGAAACCAGGACGGACGGGUCAGCAGUGAAGAGCUGGCGGAGAUCUCCAUUAAAGAGCAUUUGGAGAAUGUUUUACUGGAGUGCAGCAUGCAGGAUCUUCUGCGGUACGAUGAUUAUAACAAUGACGGUCAUCUGACGCUCCAGGAGCUCUACACUGCUUUCCAGGUGAUAGAGCUCAGUCUAGCCGAGGACAAACUUCUGAGUGUCUCUACUGUGACCGUGGGCCUGAGCGUGGUCCUAUCCUGCGCUGUACAGGGCAGUCUGAGACCUCCUAUUAUCUGGAAGAGAAACGGCAUCAUCCUCAACUUUCUGGACCUGGAGGACAUCAACGACUUUGGUGACGACGGCUCGCUCUACAUUACUAAAGUGACCACCAUACACAUGGGGAACUACAGCUGCCACGCGCACGGCUACGAGGAGCUGUCCCAAACACACCUGCUUCAGGUGAAUGUGCCUCCAGUAAUCCUGGUCUAUCCGGAGACUCAAGCCCAGGAACCCGGAGUGGCUGCCAGCCUGCGCUGCCAUGCAGAUGGUGUUCCCAACCCCAAACUCACCUGGCUGAAAAACGGCAUGGACCUGCAGCCACACGGAUCCAAGCAGAUUUCACUUCUCGCGAACGGCAGUGAGCUUCACAUCAGCAGUGUGAGAUACGAGGACACCGGCGCUUAUACCUGCAUCGCCAGGAACGAGGUCGGCGUGGAUGAAGACAUUUCAUCUCUGUUUGUGGAGGAUUCAGCUCGCAAGACACUGGCCAACAUUCUGUGGAGAGAGGAAGGGCUCAGCGUAGGGAACAUGUUCUACGUUUUCUCCAAUGAAGGCAUCACCGUCCUGCAGCCUGGAAUCUGUGAGAUCCGCAGACACAUCACACACACAGAGAGGAUUCUGGGUACUCAUGAGGAGUUGUGUCCCCGAAGCGCAGGCGUAUCCUCUCAGGAGUGUGUGUGGUCGUCUGCGGUCAGCGUCAGGGAGAAAUAUGUGUUUGUUUCUCAGCCGCUGCUCAGCAGACUGCUGGUGAUGGACACACAGGCGCAGAGGGUGGUGCAGGCUGUGGAAACAGAUGCGAUGCCCGUCAAGCUCUUCUAUGAUAAAUCUCAUGAUCAGCUGUGGGUUUUGAGCUGGGGAGACCUGCUGAAGAGCAGAUCAACACUACAGGUGAUCACUUCUGCAAGCACAGCGGCGGAGCAGCGUCAGGUCAUCCGGACUCAGUUUGAAAGAGUUCAGGAUUUCUACAUUCCUCCGACCAACCUCAUUAUCACACACGUGAGGUUUGGCUUCGUCUACUUAAAAUCAGAGCCUGCGGUGCAUAAAGUGGACCUGGAGACGCUGCGUGUGGUCAAGAACAUCAGUCUGCAGAACUACAGCUGUUUCCCCCUCAGCAUGGCCUACACACACUUAAGCGGAUAUUAUUUCAUCGAGUGCCAAUCUGAGAAGCGUCCGACAUUUCAGCUUCUCAUCGAUGCUGUGAGCGAUGCAAUAAUCGGACGCAAUCCCAACAUCCACGGUCAGCCUUUUAUAUCGCCAAACGGACGUUUCGUGGUGUCUGUGGACAAACAGAGAGGAAAACUACAAGUCCAGAGCGUCUCCAACAGCGGCGAGCUACGGAUUCACUAUGAAGCGGAUGCUAAGAUGUCAGUAGCAGAUCUUGAGUUCCAGCCGUCGUUCACUGAUGCCAAUCAGUACACAGCGGUGGUUACUUCAGCUCGCGGUUCAAAGGUGCUUUUCCUGGAUCUGGCAACCGGAAGAAUAAAAACCAUCGGGAACGUUAAAAAUCCCAUUCCUGCCUCCAGCUGGCCUUGGGGAGACGCUAACAGAAUGAUAAUAUCUAGCGGCGUGUUCGGACGCUACCUAUUAACAUCGUCAGCAGAUUCGAUGUUCAUUCUGGACGGUAAACAGAGCGGUUUCCACUGCGAGGUGUCCGAUGUUAAAUUUGGCAACACAGCGGUUUGGGUGGGCGAGGUAUGAGUGGUGAACCGCGGGCCGGUCCUGCUAGCAUCGCAUCUGGGCCAAAAGUGGGCCAAACUUUAGGGAUGUGAAUGGACUCAACCCUACUAGUGAGCUAAACAAACACAUGUGCGGGUUUCUGUAUAGGCACACACACACACACACACACAUUCAGUGACAAAGAGAAUGAGUGAAGACACACUUCAGUGCAACAGUGAGCUAAUUUAAAGGGAUAGUUCGCACAAAAAUGAACACGCUGGUAUCGUUUAUCAUUUUUAAAGUGAAAAUGAAUUGUUUUGGUUACACUUUCUGUUAAACACAUGCUGAUAAUGGAUUAUAACAUAUAAUAUAAUAUAAUAUAAUAUAAUAUAAUAUAAUAUAAUAUAAUAUAAUAUA